AUGGAUGAUGCGAAUCAAGAGAUCCACGAAGCAGUGUUGCUGGGUAAUCUUGAAGCCGUAGAAAGUUUGUUAAAACUUGGUUUAAACAUAAAUCAAACAAACCUAAAUGGAUACACGCCGUUACACAUAGCGCUCAAGUAUGGCCGGGAGAUUAUCAUCGAGUAUCUCAUAAACCAUGGAGCUGAUCUGGAGAAGGCGACUCCAGAUGGACAAACGCCCUUACAUCUUGCUGCAUCACUCGGACGUCUUAGCGCAACGAAAUGUGUACUCAGCCAUGAAGCUAGUAUGGACAAAGAAGACAAGGACGGCUUCUCCGCAUUAUACAGCGCUGUAAUGAAUGGUCAUCUUGAUAUAGUACGAUACUUUAUCAGUCAGGGGUCAAAAGUGAAUCAGUGCAAUACUAAAGGCUGGACUCCUUUCUACAUUGGAGCAGGGUACGGUAAACUUGAUGUAGUAAAAUAUCUCAUGAGUCAAGGAGCUGAUGUGAAUAAGGGAGAUAAUGACGGUACGACUGCAUUAUCCGCUGCUGCUCAUGAGGGUCAUCUUGAUGUCACCAAAUAUCUCAUCAACCAAGGAGUUGAGGUUAAUAAGGGAAAUAAUGACGUCAAGAAGCUGAGGUGA